UAUAAGCAGAAACACAUAAAUGUUUAUUCAGUGUAUAAGUACACAUGUAUUAACUGCUUGACUGUCUGGUUUGUCAGCUGGUGACAUCAUUAUUCAGUGUGUGGUAAUCAAGACUUUUUUAACUCUAAGAGCAAGAGUACCUUGAUUUGUCUUUUUAAUAUAUUAAAUAGGACGAUUUUAUUCAAGUAUACUCUGUCAGCUGCGAAAUACGAGGAUUAUACACUUUCUUACACUAUUGUGUGUGUGUGUGUGGGGGGGGGGUCACUAGGUCAACAAACACUAAUAGCGGAAAUUACGUUUUUCUUUAUGCAGUUACGCAAUACCACCGGCAGACACCGCCCUAACCCUUCAGCCGGUCCAAAAUUAAAAGAAACGAGUUAGAGAAGACGCGACGUCAUCGAGGGGCAUUUUCAACAUGGCUCCGAGCUGUGACCGGAGCGCAGCCGCGACCAGUUAAUUCGCGUUAAUCUGGCGACGUGUUGACUCGCAGCUAACACCGGUUGCCGGCGGCAACAGUCUGAAUUGGUGAGACACCGGGAAUGGAUGCCGUUUAUCCAGCGGAUGUCCGGUGACCAGGUGGUAUCCCCGGCGAAAAAUAAUGGUGGCCCCCUCCACUAAGAACAACAAAAGCUGCUGCUGGUGGUGGGGAGCGCGGCCGACGGAGCAGCUUUCCACACGGGCUUCGUCGCCGGAUUUCACGCACGGGGCCGCGGCUCGCCUGGCGGACUGAAUGACAUGGACUCAGCGGAGCGGGAGGAAAAUGGGGACUCGCUUCUCGUCGACGUGAACGAGAACGAGCAGGCAGCGUACCGUCGCAAAUCCUACGUCGCGCUAGAAGACCGCAGCAGCGGACUUGGCAAGGGCUCUCCGGCGGAGGACGGCAGACGCCCCGGAGGUGUCAGCGGGGGUCGUGUUUGCGUGGCCAGCAGCGGCAGGAAUGUAAACAAAGACGGCUGUGCUUCGCUCCGAUGCGGUGCCCCCGUCAUGCCGGGUUUGGUUGCGGCAGAGAAUAAGUGCCUCCCCGGUAGACUGAGAGACGGUCAUGUCAUUUCGGAGCUUUGCGUUGGCCACGGCGUCCUCAACGGAUUUACUCUGUCACCCAGUCAGGAUCAGCGGACGAUGGCCGGGUUGGACCUUGCUGAAGGAGGAGCAGAAGGAGGAGGUCUCGCCGGGAGCGGGCGGGGGACCACAGCCGUUUCCUGCCCAGCUGUGGUCGGGGAGGGGAAUGGAUUGUUACUGCCUCUGGAUCGGGUUUCACAGACGGACCGAGAUACACGACGGGACGUUGCGAGAGAGAGUGGAAGGGAAACCCUGGACUCCGAAAGUGUUAAACAGGAAGAUAAAACUACCGCCGAAGACGUCCCAGCCUCUCUUCCUUUCAGACCGCUGUCAUGCACUGGCAUACACCAGCGGAACUGCGCUGGUACGUUGGCUUUCUCGGUAGUACACGCCGAAAUACCCAACGGAGAUAUCGACAGUCUGGAGUCGAGGAGCCCCGAUGUGGAUGUCGCCUACUGUAAAGCUAAAGACAUGUUGUCCAGCCAGGGAUCCUGCUAUGACGGAGUGGACUGCGAGGACGUGAAAGUGCCCAACGGCGGCUUGCAUAUCGUAAACACGAGAGCAACAUGUGACUACCCCGAGUUGGAUUACUGCGGUGGGAACCAAACCAACUUUCAUUUCGACCAGGUGUUUCAAAGAAAACAAGAAAACAACCCAGGGCUGGGAUCAGGGUCAUGCGGGAGAAGCCAAAGCAACAACAGCAGCAGUUGCGGGGGGUUGGCCUCAGGGUGCCCGGGGGAACAUGCAGCAACUGCGGCUGAACUCUCUCCCUCCGCCUCGAAGGCAUCGGACGUCACGAAGUGCCAUCUAACCCCGGGAUCAAGUGCCAAACUCCCCUCGCCUUGCCCCUCGUCGUUUUCCAACCUUACCGCCGACAGUCCACUCACCGAACCCAGUAUCAGAGGAGACGAGGAGGAUGUGACCGACUUCAGUUUGCCGGCUAGGCCGCAAACUUUGCGGACUAACUCGAACAUCCCGGUUUCCCUCAGCUGCGAUGCCACCCCCUUGUCCCCGGAGGACGGGGGCUUUUACUUUGGAGGCGAGGGAUGCGCGGAUGAAAUCAGGAGCGCUUUGGACGUGGGCCGCCGACAGAGCGCCCCGGACACGCUUCCCGAGCCGGCCGAACCACUGGACCCAUCAGAUCAGAAGCUGAUGCCAAAGAGGUUUGGCAUCGCUGAUUUCUUCACAAGGAGCCUGUUUUCUAGGAAAGCCAAAGAGCCUAAGGCACCGACCCAGAAUGCAUCCGGAUGGCGUUUGUUCGGGAAGACAGCAGCCAGGGAGAACGAGUUGAUAAAAGAUGCUGCCUUUUCUGUGCAGCAGGAAGAUCAGGUGAAGGGCUCAGGUGUGGCCUCUUGCCCACAGCGCCUCCUAGCUGCAGGGAGAAGGAGAAACUUGGAGUUUGAGCCCCUUUCCACGACAGCCCUCAUACUGGAGGACAGGCCAGCAAACCUCCCAGCCAAGUCCCUAGAAGAAGCUCAAAGACACAAGCUGGAGUAUGAGGAGAUGGUGGCUGGAGCAAAGAGAAGAGAGGUGAAGGAGGCACAGAAGAAGAAGCGGCAGAUGAAGGAGAGACUCAGACAGGAAGAGAGUAUCUCCCACGCCAUGGUGAUCUGGAACAACGAGAUCCUACCUCACUGGGAAACCAUGAAAGGAACGCGGCGUGUGAGGGAUCUCUGGUGGCAGGGUCUGCCCCCAAGCGUUAGAGGAACCGUCUGGAGUCUGGCCAUCGGCAAUGAGCUCAACAUCACACCAGAGCUGUAUGAGAUCUUCCUGUCCAGAGCCAAAGAGAAGUGGAGGAGCUACAGUGAGACCAGCUCAGUCAACGACAGUGAGAGCGACUGCGGAGCGUCUCUUGCAGACAGAGAAUCCAGUCUGGAUCUCAUUAAACUGGAUAUUUCCAGAACUUUCCCCUCCCUCUUCAUCUUCCAGAAGGGGGGUCCCUACCAUGAUCUCCUCCACAGUGUGCUGGGGGCCUACACUUGCUACAGACCGGAUAUUGGCUAUGUCCAGGGCAUGUCAUUUAUCGCUGCUGUGCUGAUCCUGAACCUGGAGGAAGCGGAUGCCUUCAUCACUUUUGCGAACCUGCUCAAUAAACCCUGUCAGAUGGCCUUCUUCAGAGUGGACCAUGAGCUGAUGAUGAAAUAUUUUGCGGCCUUUGAGGUGUUCUUUGAGGAGAACCUGCCUCGUCUCUCCAACCAUUUCCAGACCAACAACCUGACCCCUGACCUCUAUCUCAUCGACUGGAUCUUCACCCUGUAUAGUAAGUCCCUUCCUCUGGAUGUUGCAUGUCGUGUGUGGGACGUCUUCUGCCGGGACGGGGAGGAGAGCCUGUUCCGUACGGGUCUGGGGAUCCUGCGGCUCUACGAGGAUGUCCUUCUUCAGAUGGACUUCAUCCACAUUGCCCAGUUCCUCACACGGCUGCCAGAUGACCUGCCCUCACAUACCCUUUUCACCGCCAUGGCCAACACACACAUGGUCAGCAGGAACCGACGCUGGGCUCAGGUGUUUUCAGCAUUGAUGAAGGAUGGAAGUAAAGACACGGACAAAAACAACAGCCCGGCUUUUAGAAGUUAACACCGGCUAACCAUAGCACUGUCAGUUCAUCUUUCUCGAUACCAACUUCAAAAGUUGGCAGUGAAGGCUGCAGCCUAUGCUAGCUAGCUGCUUGUUUUGAAGGUAACGUUUGCCUGCCACACUGCUGUUGCAGUUGGAAUGAGAGCCCGGCUGUGAAACUUGAACCUACAUAGCUGAAGUUGGAAUCGGAAGUUGAAAGGGUAGUUAUGAAACGUAAAGAAAAUGCAAGCUAGCAAUGUAUGCUGGAGCUAAUGUCAAAGGCCGGCCCUGUGCUAUGGUUAACAAAGACCUUUGCACCCAGGACCAGUACAGACCCAGCUGGGCUGGGGAUGAACUGUUUACCAGUGCUUACCAGCUCAAUAGAGUGUUGCCGUUACCUGUUUUCUUAAAGUGUGGGUGGGGACCAGGGCAGGAAGCUUAAGCGGCUGGAUUAAUGAACUUUUUAGGCAUUUCACUACUUUGUUGGCCAACAAAGUUGUAGAUUAAAUUUUGAAAGAAAAAAAAAAUGAGUGGACCUGCCCAAGUACUCGGUAGAAUAGAUGGGAUCGUUAGCCACAGCCAUAAUUUAGCAGGAUUUGGCUAGUGCUACUCUGAUUUAGACCCAAGACAGUUGGUGGACCUAGUAUUUCUGGUUCAUCACGUAAUGAGAAGAGAACCAAUUUGUUUUUUUUUGUUUUGUUUUAUGGACUGGGUUCCAAGAUGAGACUAAAUAUCAGAUUUUGGUCUGAAAAUAUUUUAAUGAACCCCCAAGUAGGCUCUGAGUUCAGUUUUAUGCCACUAAUAAGGAGUCAAUUUUUCAUGUCCAUUGUUCUCAUAGACCCCUAUUCUACUGUUAAUUAUGGUGCUAACUUAUUUCUAAAACUUAAAGAAACUCAAUCUACAGUUUAAUUAUCAAUGCAAAAGAAUUUUCUUUGGAAGUCCUAGCUAGGUUGUUGCUACCUAAUAAUUAAGAAAUGAUGCACAUGGCAAUUUUGCAAAUGUCAAAACAAAUAUGAGCAGAUUUCUGUUCGUGUUGACGUUUUUACUUGAACCGCUGGAUUCCACGGUCCUCAAAUGGGUUGUGAGCAUUUUUAAACUUUGGAGUCAAGAACCCCUUGGAAAAUGUGCAGUAUAAUGCUAGACAUGACCCCUUUAUCUAAAAAGCAGGUUGACUUCUUAGAGUACUUAAAAGUUGACAUUUGAUGACAAGUGUUUCAGCCAACAGUGCCAUUGAAAAAGACACACUUCGGGACAUGUAGUAUUAAAUAACACCACACAGUAUUAGCAGCUGUGGCCAUUUGAACAUGAAAUAAGAGGACAGGAUGAAAUGAAAUGGAGGUUUUAUUGGGUAUUGUCAUUUACAUUAUAUUUGGGGGGGGGUGCAUGUGAUGUAGAGGUUGUGGCUAUUGGGGCAAACCAAUGACAUUUUAAUGAUGGGUUUAUAAAUUCACCUGCCACUUGCAUCAUGUUACCAAACAUAUAUUUUUGGAGGUUUAUAUAGCAUAUGGAAACCUCAGAUUGAGGGUUAGUUACCUGCUGCAGUGGUCGGUAAAGUAGACUGACUCAACAAUAUUUGCAUGGUUGCUGGUGGAUGAUUCCCACCCUGGUCUGUAUACUCUGACCUCAGAUAUAGUAAUGUGUUAUGGGACAGUGAUGGACAUUUUAUCUUUUUCACUGUUGACUUAUUAAUAGAUUUUUUUUGUGAAAAGAUAAGUAACUGUCAAUUGACAUAAUGCACAGAUAAAACCAUGUUUAUUGGUGAUAAUAGGUCUGUGCUGGCCUCUUGUUAAUUUUUUUCAAUCCAUGGCUUUGGUAAGAGUCGGCCAACGGCUUCGCACCCCAAACACCAGUUGGAAGCGCCAACAAGAAUUUUGAAACAAUGCGAGUCAACGGUGAAACUGGAAGGUGUACUUACUGUAAAUGCAGUGGGAAGGUUGGACCGCCUCAGUCUUCAGACAGUGGUCCGGUGAUCUAAUUUUCCUUUCAGAGCACUUUAUAUAUCCAGCACUACGGCUUUCAUAACCAUUUAGACACUUCAGAGAUGCACAUUUGUUUUCCAUCUAGUACACAGGGCAGCUUUAAACAAAGCUAAAACGUUGAGCCCAUUAACAAAUAUCGAAAUCCAGCUCGCUGUUCCAUAAUUUACUUUGACUAUCUGCGCGUAUAAAUUAAGUUGGCCAUGCAUGUCUCCACAUGCCACUAGAUUACUAGUGAAGGAAGAAGACCCCUUCCCUCCUCCCCUUUAUAGUUCUUAUUCAUCAUUAGAUGCUUUAUGUUGCCUUUAGCCAUGCAGUCAGUUUGUGGACUUGUUUCUGAUACGCCAUCUGUUUUCAUACACUACAAAUGUAAGAUGAAUGUCCAUCUCGCAUCCCUACCUCUGCAGAUAUUUGCGCACUCACUAAUACAAUUUUUGCCUAAUUUUUAUCUUGCAAACACACCAUACACACUCCUAUACCAUUUUAAUAUUCACUCCAAAUUUUCUCUUAAACACACACACACACCACCUAAACACAUUCAUGCUAUUACACAUGAAUAUAGAUAUACUAUGAACUUCACAAUUUUCUUAGACACACACACACUAAUGCAAAUUAAAAACACUCAUAAAAGCCAAACCCACACGUUCUGUGCUGCCCAUACACUUCUCAGUGCACACUACAUACCCACGUUUACAUGCUUAAGAUGUGUAGAGCUAUACACACACACACACACACAUACACACACACAUGCCAUGUUAGCAUAUGAGUGGGCCUUAUAGAAGGGGAUCAGGCAGCCACUGACCAGAUCAGUUGUAGUACCAUCAGUGUGUUUACCACCUGUACUACUGUCACUUCUCCUGACUGCAGCGUUUUAUGUACCUGGCUGUUCUUAGGGCAGAAAACUCACCAGACAUGACAAGUAGCCCAGGGGGAAGGAACAGAUUGUUGAGAGGAAAAAGAGGUGGUUGGAGGGUUAGAAGAAAACAAGGAGAGGAGAUGGAGUAGAUGGGUGGCGUGGAGGAGAGCAGAGGAUCGAGUCAGGUGGUUUGUAUGGAGGUGAGGCAGAGAUAUGGGGGGGGGGGCAUGCUGUGACAAUUGGUUUUGAUAUAACCACAGGAUAAGUCUAAAAGUAAAACACACAUUAUGUAGUUAAGAAAAUAACAUACAGGGAGCCGGGAAUCUUGAAGAAGGGGCAGAGAGGUCUGUAAUGGGGUGUAAUGAGGUGAGACAAUGGGGUCUUAGAGAGGCACUGGAGGGGACCAGAGCACAGGUUUUUAAGCCCGGUUCCCCACCAACCCUUUCCAAUAAUCCCAGGAUGCACCAUGCUCCCCUCUGGAGAGUUUAUCGUAUCAAUGUUAUACCAAAUGACUCCAAUACUAAGUGUUUGUAAUUGUACAAUAAUGAACUCAGAGCUUGAACACUAACAUAGCCUGCAAACUGCAUUUGUACAAGUCAGCAUACAUGUCCCGUCUGUCAAGAAAUUAUCAUAGACGAGGGGGAAAAAAUCCCAGGUUUUAUGAUCUGAGAGCCUACUUAUCUGUACAGUACAUUAUGUGUUCCAUCUUUAUAUAAACAUAGUCAUUCAUGUUGUCAGAUGGACUGAGAUUAGUCAUAUGGACACGAUGGGAUUUUUUUUUUCUCCAAACAGGCGUUGCUGGCCAGCUAGCUCUCUGGACAACAGCUCCUCGGGUAUCCAUCACUCCAUUUUAAAUCUGAUGUUCUUUCACAUGCGUCAAAAAGCAGGUAGCAAAAUUCCAAGAAGAUGUUUUCGUGUGAGUAGUAGCUGUGAAGUCAGUAGUGUUGUGUGUCAGUGUGCGCUGAUAUUCUGACGCAGCCGUGGACUUUGAGUCAGAAAAGAAAGUUAAUUCUGUUCUCGUCAGGGCAGACACCUUUUUCGAAACACAGUCCUUUAAUGAAUGUUUUAUUUUUCUAACACCUAAUUUGCGGCAACACAUGUUUCACGCUUUCCUUUUUCAACACACGGUGACAAAUUUAAUUCCAAAAUGACUUUGAUUCCGUUUUCAAACACAUUUUGCUAUUUAUAUGAUUUAUUUCAAAAAUGCACAUGAUCCUUUCUGUGAAAAACAGGAAUGUUUUGUAAAGAUCUUAGGAGGAUCUCUUAUUGUAGCAGUAUCGCCUAAUGUCAGAACACAUUUUUGAGGUGUCCAGGUAGCAUGGCGGUCUAUUCAGUUGCUUGCCAACACUGGGAUCACUGGUUCAAAUCCCCACAUUACCUCCGGCUUGGUCGGGCGUCCCUACAGACACAUUGGCCGUGUCUGUGGGUGGGAAGCUGGAUGUGGGUAUGUGUCCUGGUUGCUGCACUUGCGCCUCCUCUGGUUGCUCAGGGUGCCUGUUCGGGAGAGGAGGAACUGGAGGGAAUAGUGUGAUCCUCCCACAGGCUACGUCCCCCUGGUGAAACUCUCUGUCAGGUGAAAAGAAGCAGCUGGCGACUCCACAUGUAUCGGAGGAAGCAUGUGGUAGUCUGCAGCCCUCCCCAGAUCGGCAGAGGGGGUGGAGCAGCGACUGGAACAGCUCGGAAGAAUGGGGUAAUAGGCCAGAUACAAUUGGGGAGAAUAACGGGGGGGAAACCCCCCCC